AUUUCCAUAAGCUUUCUCGACAAUGAGCGCCGUCCAAGCACUGCUGUCUGCAUUGUCCCUGAGUGCUCCUUCGGCUUCGUCCACGUGUAGCUUUGACGGCGACUGUGGCCCAAAGUACUUGGCGUCAACGUCGCACGACCAUUCUCCGGAAUCGAUGGACGCACUCUCGGCGUUGCCUCGGUAUCGUCUACCCGAGAACAACCCCCAGGAGCUUGGGAACGUCAAGUUCCUGCGAUCUCUGUCCGAAGUUGACAACGUAGACAAACCCAUCUUUCUUCAGUUCCAAGAGAUUCCUGGUUGCCACACGUGCACGGACUAUGGUGACAGUGUUCUCAAGCACCCCCUCGUGGUGGAACUGCUGGAAACCGUGUUCACCCCUGUCGUCGUCUGCAACAACACGACAUUCCCCUCGGACGUAGCAGCCUUGAAACAAUUCAACGAACCGACAUGGAACAACCCCGUAGUACACGUACUCGAUCCCUCUUCCCAAAAGGACCUUGUGCCCCGCAUCGACGGCAUCUACGACCUCCACAACGUUCUCCAUCACGUUUUGCAGGCACUCGUCGUGUCGCAACGUCCUGUCCCUACUUGGGUCGACUACGUCGCUAUCGAUCAGAAGUUACGCGUGGUUAGAAACACAGACAAUCGCCUUGUAGCCGUGAAGAAUGCGUCGCUGGCGUCGACAACGUUUGUCAUGGAGUGCUACUGGGCUGGAGAAACCAUCCUUGGCGGGAUCGAUGGAAUCGUGUCCACUGUACCUGGAUGGAUCGAUGGGGUCGAAGUCGUCGAAAUUGACUUCGACGAUUCGGUGACAACCUAUUCGGACCUGCUCCGCGCUGCAAUCGCGACGGGACUUGACCCCAUGGUCCACACGGAUGCUCAACUGCAAGCGGCUCAAAAACUCUUUGUCGAGGGCAUGACCAUCCGAGACCGACGCAGCGCCCCGAACCAAUCGCUCAAAGUGCUCUCGACCGUCUCGUUCACUGAAACCAAGCACCACUUGCGCACGAAAUUGCCUCUGAUUGCGCUGCUUCCUCUCACACCUUUGCAAGAAGCUCACGCACAUACGUUGGUGGCCCGUCGUCAAACCCAAGCCGUCGUCGAGCGUACUGUGCUCACUCCGCGUCAAGUGGCACUCUUGCGACGUUUGGAAGCUGUGGCCGACCAUGUGCCUCACAGCGUGGAUGAUGCUGAAGCGCUUUAUGCUCUGAGCCCUGUCGAUCGAUGGAAAGAGUUAUUGCAAGCAAUUCAGAGUGCUGAAGCGUUGACGGCCCCCUCGUCCUAGGCAUCCCAUGAAGACACUUGGUAGCAUGCCAACAAGAUUUAUGUGUUUUAGAGUAUUGGGCAAUGCAGCCGUGGCAAAAUCCAGGAUCAACAUGGUUGGAACCACUACGACGGAGAUCAGCUCCACCAGCCCAGCUGCACUCGCGCAACCAACAUAGCUAACCACCUUUCCCCCUUGCUCCAAUCCUUACAGCACCGUAACCAAGAGAACUAGCAGCAUUGGUAGUCUUGCCAUUGGGCUUGCAAGCACUCGGAG